UCAGUAGAAAGAAGCAAAGAUGUUUUUCGUAAUAAAAAAUCAAGAGAGGCAAAAUUUGCUGAUCUACCUAAUAACAUUUAUUGUGACGUCCAACAUGUUCACUCCAGUCGCAGUGACCACUAAUAACCGGAUACUGCUGAGCAGCGUGGUGGUAGGGGCCACUCUCGCCGCUUCUCUGUCUGGAAGGUUCGAUUUGAGUGCAAACGAUUUAGCUGUUCUUACGACUGUCAUGCUUGUGUUGAACUUCCCGGGGCAGCAUGCCCCCGCAGCCACCACGCCACCAUCGCCAACCAAGCCACUCUGUGAUACCGACUGGAAGGCAUACAACGGUCACUGCUACAUCAGAAAUGCUGGUCCACUCAGCUUCGCAGAUGCAUCUGUGAGAGCAUAUCUGGUUGAAAUUGACACUGCGGAUGAAAACAACUGGAUAACACAAAAUCUGUUGAAGGAUUUUAGUUGCGCUGAUCCCUACCAAUGUGGAUCUUGGACGGGUGGAAACGACAUUGAUAAGGAGAACACCUUUGUGUGGAAAAGCUCCAACAAACCAUUCACUUACACAAACUGGUAUGAUUCAAACCCCGAUGAUGAUCAAACAGCGGAGAAUUUAGACUGUGUGGAAAUCUUUUACCUUGGCUCGUGGAAUGAUAGGCCUUGCGUUGAUAAAAGGGCGUUUCUUUGUGAAACGAAUCAAAAAAAUUAAGCAGGGUCUUUGGACUUUGUAGCAUGAACAUUCCCAUCAUUCUCUCACAUUAUUUUAAUUCAUCAGGAGCAUUGAAUUGGGCUAUGAUAUGAUUAAAACUUCUUUUUGGAAAUGAUUUGUUGAUGCUUUUUUAUAUAUUUUUAAAACUUUAUGUUCAUCUUUUUCUCUCAACAUUUUCCCGUACGAAAAAUAAUUGCCGCAUUGAUGGUUUCUUAUUAAAGUUUUACUCAUUUAUUCAUUGGAUGCAAAAAAAUUCACCGUUAUGUUAACUGUUUCUAUAUAAAAAAAAGUUUCUCCUCUUUACCUUUAACAGAUUUUUUUUUCUCAGAAAUUAAGGUUACAAAAGGAAAAUUAUGAUAAACUUUAUGUGACCUUGUUUUCUGUCUAUUUACAGAAAGUUGCAGGGUUAUUUUAAACAGAAAAUACGAUGUACCAAGCAAAUAAUUAUAAAAUCAGUGUUCGUUCCUACAGAUAUUACAUUUCGUAGGUUACGGUACGACUUGCAUGUACUACUCUAUAUAUCUCAUUUUUUAUGUCCUAUUCCCCAUGUGAUUUGCUGGCGUAUGAUUACGAAAUAGAAGAAAUGAACUCUAUUUCACCUUGUUCUAUCUAAUAGAUCAAAAUAUAGGUAAAGUUAAGGGGGCUAGGUGGUCGUGGCUAUUUUACACUAUAUGUAUUUCCUGAAAAAGAAGAGCUCCGUGUUAAGUUAUGGGGAAACUAAUCAAACUAUAAAGAUAAAAUAUAGGCAUUUUCUAUACUAAAAAUGCUAAAUAAGUUACACUGGGAAAUGCAUCUGUGGUUCGGUCUUUUCUUUAUGAUGCAAUAGAAGUUAUUGUGUAAAACUUAACACGACAUUUUAAAAUAUAUUAUAACAUAUUUUCAUCAAAAGAAAUUAACAUGUGAGCAAGGAACUCGUCUGCUAUCUACAAAAUGUACCAGUGUAAUCACACAAGCAUUCAUACCUGGAUAUGUGUACACAAAGAAGAUGCACGAAUAUAUUUUUUUGCUUCUCUGUUACAAGUAAUUAGAUUGGUUUUUUUCAUUGGCUAAAGCACGAUUAACGAGAUACAUGAAAUUAACAAUUCGAUCUAGUUAAAUGAGGGCUUGCUAUUAACGAUAAGAAAUAAUUAUGUAAACUUGUUGGUUAGGAAGUUAGAUUUUUCUAUUCUUGUGAUGUAUAAAUUGUAUAUACAAUUUAUGUAACUUUUUUAAAAAUCAUAUUCAAUAUGUAAAAUUCAAAUUUUCAUUUCGUAUGUGAUGGUAAGAUUUAAUGUCAAUUAGUCAACAAAACCUAUUAAAGAAAUUUC